GUUUGUCAAAGCGCCCGGACCGAAAGUUAUGAGGGGUUAUGGUUUUCAGGCUUGACCCAUGUGGUAUAGCAUGUGUUUUGAUAACUCACUUGCUUGUAUUAUACUCGGAUUAUGUCGUGGUAUUUUACCUAGUUCUUCCGGUUCUCAAAAACAGCUUUUGGGCUAUUCUGAAUACGAUAUGCUUUAAUAUAGUGGCUUCUUUACUAUUAUUUUCCCAUAUAUGUGCUGCCGUAACGGAUCCAGGACUUAUACCUUUGCAUCGGUAUACUGUUAGUCAGUUAGCUAGUGUCCAGAAACCUGAUGGAUGGACUACUUGUAAUAAAUGUGGAAUACAUAGGCCACCGAGAGCUCAUCAUUGCCGAAUUUGUCGACGGUGUGUAAGACGAAUGGAUCACCAUUGUCCCUGGAUUAAUAAUUGUGUUGGUGAAUGUAAUCAAAAAUAUUUUAUUCAAUUUUUAAUUUAUGUUGGCAUUCUUUGUGUAUAUGCACUGAUACUGGUACUUAUAUGUCGUGCUAUGAUCUCGGCCGGUUUGAAAGAAGACGCAUCUAAUGCCGAUGUUGUAGUUGUUGCUCAUACAAUUGUACUUGUAGCAAUCUCUUGUCUAUUUGGAUUAUUUAUUCUAGCUAUUCUAUCUGACCAGUACAAGUCGAUUGUUGAAGAUACAACAGCAGUUGAAGCUUGGCUAUCGGGUAAUAUUCCACAUUCAUCCGAUACAGAAGCUUAUUUAAAUGAUGGUGGCAACGGUGGUGUUGGUGGUGGAGGAUUUCGUCGUAAAUUAUCCAAAUUGACUCUGUUUCGUGAGGUUUUUGGAAGUGGUCCAUUUUACUCUUGGCUACUUCCAUGUUCAUAUCUUUUCAAGCCUUAUCCAAAAUAUUAUACUGCUUUAUCUAAUAUUAUUAAUGAUGUAAAUUACUCUGUCAACAGUUGUAAUAAUAACAAUAAUCUUCCAAUCAAUGAUCAUCAUCACCAUGGAAUUGAUAAUAAAUCAACACCAAUCACUACAGCUUCUUCAUUUUCUCCUGAAACCGAUAGUGUUUCUUCUUCCAGCUCUUCAAACAAUCAUUAUUAGUGAUAUUCAGUAUUAUUAUUUUCUUUCUUUCUGUGUGUUUGGUUGUUAACCCGCAUUGUCUCUAGAUAUCUGUAAAUGAUGUUUGUAUUAUUCCUCCUCCCCAUCCUUCUUCUUCUUGUUCUUCUUCUUUUUUCCUUCUUUCUUUCGUUGUUUAAACGUUAUCAUUUUUUUCUUUUUUGAAUUGAUUCAUUAUGUAAGUUGGUUUUGUAUUGAAUGUUUGUUAAACAUUAUAUAUUCUGCUGAAUUUACACAUUAUUUUUCUAAUAAUAGUAAUAAUAAUAAUAAUAACAUUACUAUUACACAUAUGUAUGCAUAUUAUUAAUGUUUGUAUUCUUUUCCAUUUAUAUUAACAUUUCAAUUACCCAGAAUGAACAGAUUGUUUUGUAGUGUUAACUUACCCUCUGUUUGUUCUUCAUGAGUGUGUGUGUGUGUGUGUAUAGAUAGAGAUUACCACAGAUUUAUAAUGAACUAGGAUUAGUUAGCUUAUUUGAAAUAUUAUAUGAUUUAAUAAAAGAUUAUAAUGAUUCUAUCAUUAUUUAUUUACAGUAAUUGAAUAUUUUACAACUCAAAUGUAUAUGGAGUAUUUAACCUUUUUUUUUGUGUGUGUGGACAUAAUCAUCAAUGAUUGUUUAUCCCAUUCAUAAUUCUAUUCAUUUAAUCAUUAUUAUGUAAUAAUAUAAUAUUAUUAUAUUUGAUAAUUCUAUUUACUUUAUAUUUGAUAAUCAUUUUGACUUCUUUUUUUUAAAAUUUAUCUUUAAUUGUUCUUUUCUUUUUUGUUGUUGUUGUUCCUUUUCUUUCUUCUUUUUGUUGUUGAUGUGUAUUGAUUUCUUUGAUAAUAUAAAUUGUACUUUGUCAUUCAUUGUAUUACAUUUUACACACUUCAUUUUGUAUUCUUUGUAUACAAAUAUUGUGUAUUAUUUAUUAUCUUAAUAAUCUUGCGGUGAUCAAUUAUCAUUAUAAUAUGUGAAUAGACUAUUUAUUUUGAUGAUCACAAUGAUGAUGAUGAUGAUGGUGUUGUUGUUGUUGUGUAACAACAGAGCAAUAGUUUGUAUUAUGAGAAGAAUUUUUUUUAAAAAAAAGUUUAUUAUUUACAA